AGCCAAGAAAAAGUGCAAGAGUGGCGAAAUAAUUCCAUCGCAAUUCAGGACGAUUUGACAGAUCAGGAAUCAUUUGUUAUAGAUCAAUAUACAGACACUAUGCGUAGUGAUAUUAGUAUGCCGGAAAGUGAAUAUGGAAAUAGGUACAGAACUUCUAGUAGCAUACCGGAUGAUUCUAUCUCCAGGCGAAGUGGUUUCACUGAUGAUGGACCUUCAUCAGAUGAUGACACUGGUUUGCAAAGGUCCAUGGUUGGAAUACAAAGUCCACCUGAAAUUGAUUCGUCUGCAUGUUUCUCGUCAAAAUAGCAAUGGUUCUCAGAGCAGCUUGGACAGCAGUCUGAGUUUUCACACCGUAUAUCCAAGUGAUGCUGCAUAUCAGCAUCGAGCUCAACAACAACGACAAGCUGAUGAUCGUCACCGAAGGUCAGAACAACAAACUGCUGCUCGUCCACCGAGGGAACCUCAACAGUCGACGUCAACGAGGCCACCAGCAACCGCAUCCACAGAACCAUAUUUUGUCCGAUCGCAAUCCCAACCAGGAGGUGCAUAUGGUUUUAACAGACCAUCGUCAGGACAAAGUGGUCAGAGUGGAGCUGCCGUACGACAUAUCAAUCAGCGUGCAGAUGAAGCUAGCCGCCAAGACUUGGAACAAAAAUCGACAUCUGUUUUUAUAACAUAUGCUGAAGAGCGACAUGACAAAAAUUUUCGGAAACUUGUUCUUCAACUUACGCGAACUUUACUUAAUAACGGAAUUCAAGUUCGACUCGAUAUGUUGGAAAGUACUCUCAUGUCAAUGAGCGUCAGUUCAUGGCUUGACGACAAUAUUAAAAAGUGUGAUUUCAUCGUCAUUUGUGUAAGUCCAAGUUAUAAAUCAGAAGUAGAACCAGGUCUGCCAGAAACUCCUGAUCCUCAUUCACUUCACACUCGCUAUAUCUACAGUAGAUUAUUAACGGAAUAUAUCGGUAAUGGAUCUCGAAACUUCAGGUUUAUUCCUGUGUUGAUCGGCGGGGCCACAAGGAGAGAUUUGCCAUCAUUAUGUCACGAUACACACGUUUACGAAUGGCCUUCUGAAUUUGAAGAAAUUAUAUAUAGACUUUUCAAGAAAGAAAAAUACGUCCAACCAAGGGUGGGGCCUACACCAAGGUGCACUGUGGAAACUUAUGAGAGCCAAGAUGAAAGAUUAUCAAAUCAUCAUUAGUACUUAUUUUCCUUUUUCGUUCAAAAAGAUAUUCUGCCAUUGUACGCCGAUUUUUGAUUAGACGCGUAUGUCACAAUUCUGGAAUUUCGAAGCAGAAAAUUUUUUGUGUUAAAACACUGUAAUAAAUUUGCAACUGAUUUACUGUCAUUUUACAGUGAUUAAGUUCUUCGAUUCGCAUUGGAAUAGAAAUCUUGAUAAAUUUCUAAAGAAAUAUUUUAUUUUUGGUAUUUGAGAUGCUGAAAUAAUUACUUUAUCAGGUUUUUCUUCCAAGUUUGCAGCAAAAUAAAAGUUUGAUUUAUAUCUAACUUUUCUGCACACUGGAUCAAUUUUAAAUUUUCAAAAUGAGUUGAUUAUUAAACUUCUUGAAUAUAUAGUUGUUGCGAAUUCAGGAAUAGCCAAUGUUGAAUAUUCUUCUUUUCGGAAUACAUUAUGAAAUAAUAUUUUGGAAUGUGGAAUAUCAAAAAUAUUUUAAAUUGUGUAAUUGUUAACAGUAAAAUUCGCACAAAUCAUAGUGAACUAUAGGGAAUAAAUUUUGUAAUGAAGAAUAGUUGAAAUAGGUGUUGUUUUUAAUAAGGAUUUUCUAAUUCUUAUGUGAAAUCAAUCUAUUUUUGUCUGACCAACAAAUAAAUAUCAAAUUCCCAAAACGACUAAAAAAAUAUUAUAAUUUAUUCCUAAAAUUAAGAAUUCAUCAUAUCGAAAAAUAUUCGAAUAUUUGAGUUGUUCUUAUUGAUACAUAUGGAAAAGAAACGAAUUAUAUUUUCUAACGAACAAUCCAGAAAACACAAAUAUGUUAAAAAUGAAGUAUAUGACUUCAAUUUGAUUCCAAAAUAGAUAUGUUCUAUGUGAACCAAAAAAAUGAAGACAGGAUUUCAGAAUUUUUGUGAUGCAUAUAUUCAAUGUUACAGUAUGCUCGUUAUUACAAAAGUAAUGUUAUUUAUCAACAGUAAAUCCUUUAAGUAGCGCUUUUCCCUUGAGUUCCUUGGCUCUUAGAGCUCUUUCCGAAGAUGAGUGCUUCUUGCUGUUAUUAUUUUUUAAGUUCAAUUUCAGGGGUUUCUGGUUUGGAUUUAGAAGAGUAAAGAGCACUAGUCUAAAACUCUUGUCACGAUUCAUUUUAAAUGAUUUUAAUUGAUCCAUUGGCUGGCAGAACAUUGAUAUAUAUUAUGCCAUAGUUAACUUUGAUAAAAAGUUGGAUAUAGGACAUAUUUUACACUGCAAUAAAAGUGAAUUUCACACAACUCUUUUUAUUUUGUUUCUUAUAAAUUGAAUCGUUUAAUAAUAUAAAAUCUCGUUUUUUUUUUAAUGUAAACAAUUCAUUCACAUACUAAAACAAUCACAAAUUGACUAGUGAAGGGAAUUAAAAAAUUUAGGGAUUGAACAUAUUAGCAGCUCUCGAACAUCAGAAGCAAGGUUUCGUCUUCAAAACAAUUGUUAUUAUAUGGAUCCUUUUGCAAACUAGUAACCAAAUCUUAAGUGAAGGCGAAUUCCUGCAUUUUGGAACUGCGGUGUGUUUAAUUCGCUUACAUAGAGCUCUUGGGUGCCUUCAUAAUAAAAUUAUUUAUUUGUUGCUGGAAUUUUUCAAAGUAAUGCUUUAUGCGAACAAGCUUUAUCUUUUGUGUGACAUAUUUCAAAAUGCCUCGUACAUAUAUGAUGGUAAUUGUACAUUCUUCGUUUCAUUUUUAAAUUCAACCUCUUCCAGAUAUUGACGCCAAUAAUGCAAUUUUAUCUGUAUUAUUUCACCAAUAAUAUCUGGAAUUUUUUACAAAAUGACAGCAAUAGUACAGUUAUAAAUGGUUUCAACAGAAAAGUGGGUCAUCUGAGUGAGUAGUGGUCUGAUUCUGUAAAACUUAUGCAGUUAGAAAUUUUUUUUUUUAGGAUUUUGAUUGACUUUUCUUUUCAAUAAUAUCCAUCCAUACUUUGUAGCCAGUUUUGAAUAAAUAGAGUAUAUAUUUUGGAGGAUAUCUGAAUAUUUUUUCAGUUUUUAGAUGCAUCCCAUUAAGCUGCAUGAAAAUAUUUCAUGUUUUUAGAGGCGAUUUUUACCGAUUUUUACCGAUUAUAUGUAUACUUACUAUAAUUCAGCUUUUGAUGUGUAACAAUAUAUUUUAGAUUGCUAAUAAUUAGUAGUUGUCUGUUCGCAAUAUCCAUAAAUUGCUUGAUGAGCCAUAUAUUAAUAAUAUUAAGUUCCAUUAUUAUACCUAAUAAAGUGUCUAGAACAGUGAUUCUCAAACUUUUUAGAUCACCCCUCAUGCAAACAAUCGUGAAAUGUGAAUAUCCAAAAUGAGGCAGACAAGAUCAAAUUUAACAAAUAUUGUUAUUUUUUGUUAUCUUAACGCCCCAUCAAAAAAUUGUCUUCGCCCCCAUGCCCCCCCCCCCCCCCUGGUUGCAAAGCCACAACCGAUCAGAUUCAAAAUUGCAGACUAACACAGGGGUGCCAGCUUUGCCCCUUUGUUGUACUUCGUAUUGUCAUAAAUGCAACCGGUUAUACUUUUUAUUUUCUGGCCAAUUCUCCAUGUUUAAUGCGAUUUGGAAUGAUUUGUUUAUUAAUUGAUAAUAUUCAUGCAACACCCUUUCAGAUUGAUUUCUAGAAAUUUCUUCACCUUAAACAGGCUGCAUGAAUUUUAUUAGAUUAGGAAAUAUUAUAAUUUGGCAAUUCAAUAUUAUCUGAUGUUAAAUUUACCCCUUUAAGCAUUGUUCUUGCAUAUCUUUGUUGAGCAUGGCCAUAGUCAAAAACUAUAAUGCUUAGCUAUCAUUUUAUUGCAACUAACCUUAAUAAACUGAUAUGAGCAUUUUGAAACAUCAAAAUUUUUUAAUAUAUAGACUUACCAUACGUCCUCGUUUGGCUGGGACAGUUCCAAUUUUUGACAAGCUGUCCCAUCCAGUAAACUGAAAUUGAAAUGGUCAGGCAGUAUGGCAAUUAUAAAUAUUAUUUUAUUUACUAUUAAUAAAUAUUUUUUUUAAAGAAGGCAGCCAUUUUCCCUGAUUCACGAGUUCAGUAAAAGAUAGAAAAACCACUAUAUUGAUAGGGUAUAAUUAAUAUAUUUUAACAUGUCAAUUUAACGUCUAACGUUAGAUGUACUGUCAUUGAAUUAUUCGAAAUGCCGAAAAGAAAUUACACCUUUGGCAGUGGUAUGAAAAUCACUGAUAUUCAUUUGAGUUGAAUAUUACGAAGCCUUGGAAUUGAAAUGAGGUUUUUUUCAAUCAGGACUGUCCCAGUUUUCUGUUUCAUAUACCGGUAUAUGGCAAGCCUAGUAAUAUAGUCAAAUUGGGAAAGCGUAAAUCUUAAACUAGUCCAUUCAGCAAUUAACUCCUUUGUGCCUUUUGCCAUAUUGAAUAAAUAUCACUAUAUUUUCUGCUACUUCUCGAACAUGCUCUUAUGAUAUAAGCUAAGCUUAUUGUAAUGUUAUAUACUUAUGUAUACUUUGAUAAUUAAAUUGCUUUUUGCUGUGUAUUGGUAUCCUGAUGCUAUAUAUAUUCAGCAUAUUAAUGAUCCAAAGGAUUUCGAGAUUCACAAUCUUUUCUGAAAAAUGUUGCAAUGUGCUGUAAAAUUACGCAUGAUUAUUAAUUGAAAUAUUUUAAUGUUCUAGUUGUUUUCAACUAAUUUUUGUUUAUUUUUUCUUUUAUGAUGUCAAUUUUUAUUUUCUUUCUUUGGAGAAAGUGCCACUAGGGUUGCCAGUUAUAGGAAUUUCUGGAUUUUUAAAUAUGAUCAAUGAUUCGUGUGAAAAAUUUUGCUUGAUUGUGUGAAUGAUUUUUUUCUCUCUCCUUGCUUCUUAUCUUUUUGCUAAAAGAUGUACCGGUUUGAAUUUUAAUAUUUUUUCUUUCUGAUGUUCCUUGUUGACUGACUGGGAUUCCAGUCUUGUAGCUCCUUGUGAAUAAAUGUUAUAAUUAUAACAAUGUU